AUGGCGGCGGAUUUAACUUCCGGUGCAAAAUGGUCACAUUGUAAGCAAGCGAUUGGCUGACUGAGUUACAGUGUGGAAUAGUUUCAUCCUAAGAAUGAGCGGUAGAUUUGUGGUUCUGCUGGGUCUGGUUGUGUUAGGGAUCACGCAGGGCUAUGAGGAUGAGGUACAGCUUGAUGGGGGACAGUUUGAGAUGGGAACAAAGGCCACUGAUGGUAAAGACGGUGAAAGCCCUGUCAUGCAGGUGAAAGUGCUGCCUUUUGCUAUAGACAAGUAUCCAGUUACCAACAAGGAUUUCAGGGAAUUUGUGCGGGCAAAGAAAUACAAGACUGAAGCCGAGGCAUUUGGGUGGAGUUUUGUAUUUGAAGACUUUGUAUCAGAGGAACUGAAGAAAAAAGUAACUCAGAAAUUGGAGUCUGCUCCGUGGUGGCUUCCGGUAGAAAGAGCUUUUUGGCGUCAGCCAGCCGGCCCAGGAUCAGGUAUAAAAGAGAAGCUGGACUACCCCGUAGUACAGGUUAGCUGGAAUGAUGCUCAAGCUUAUUGCAAGUGGCUCGGGAAGAGACUACCUACAGAGGAAGAAUGGGAAUUUGCUGCCAGAGGAGGACUGAAGGGUAAAGUGUACCCAUGGGGAAAUACGUUUCAGCCCAAUCGCUGCAAUCUCUGGCAGGGCACGUUUCCUGACAUGGAUACUGCAGAGGAUGGUUAUCAUGGAGCAUCUCCUGUAGCAGCUUUUCCUGCACAAAAUGAAUACGGCCUAUAUGACAUGCAUGGAAACACGUGGGAAUGGACAGCCACUGGGUACUCAUCUACAAGGGGCCAAAAGCAAAAUAAAGAGAAUAUGUAUGUUCUUCGUGGAGCUUCAUGGAUUGAUACAGUAGAUGGCUCAGCGAAUCACAAAGCACGGGUAACAACCAGGAUGGGUAAUACACCAGAUUCAGCCUCAGAUAACUUGAGUUUCCGAUGUGCAAAAAGCAGAAAGAAGUCGAAAGGACAAGGAAAAAUAGACUUAUGAGGAAAUUGUCUGUUACUCUAGAUCUAUGGGGAAUAUCACAUGGACUAGAGAAACACAGGAGUAUGCAGAAUAAUGGCAAGACUCCUGCGCUUAAACCUCUUAUUGAGGUUAAAUAUACCAAGCAAAACUGGAGCUGAAGAUGUUCAUUACGUGUAAAUGAGCAAACUUAUUCUAAAGAACUGAAUAAAUCGCACAUUUCACUGUA